AUGGAUGAAAUUUGUAAUGUAUUAAAGGAAUUUAUUUCACAAAGUGAAACUGAAAGUAUUUCACAAAGUGAAACUGAAAGUAUUUCACAAAGUGAUAAUUCAAAUAGUGAAACACGAAGUGAUAAUCCAAGAAGAGAUAACAUCAUUAAUCCAUUCAAAGAAUACAGCGCGAGCACAAAAGAUAAAACAGUGGUUAAUUCAAAACAUACAAAAAUAAAAUGUACUAAACUAAUGGCAUUUGAUGCUAAUGGUUUGUACGCUUCAGCAAUGUCGGAUUUAGACAGUGAAUAUCCAAAAGCAGAAAGUGCUAGACCGUUUCUACUAGAAGAAGAAAAAAAAUUUGUAAAACUCUUCAAUGAACAGAAAUUUAGACCUAGAACAGCUAUUUUAACAGUGUGGUUUGACUAUCCCAAAAGCAUGUUCUUCCAACCGAUACCAGCUAAAGAUAAUAUCACUUUAACGAAUAAAGAAGGCAAAAAGGAAACUGGGAGUAAAAUCAGGUUUAAAAAUGGUUUCUGUUCAGAUGUUUUAACAUCGGUCGAUAUUCAAGAAAUAGUUAAAGCCGGUGGACGAAUUAUUAGAAUAUUAGAUGGUAUAGUAUACAAAGAAAAUUUUAAAACUCCACCAUAUAGAGAUUAUAUUUUGAUUUUAAGAGAUCUUAGAAAUAAAUAUAAACGAGAAGGUAAUAUUGUGGGUAGUAAUUGUAUGAAAUUAUUAUGCAAUUCCUUGUAUGGUAAAUCUAUUCAGAAGGAUAGAAACACGAGAAAUCAUUUGUGGAAUUUUCAGGCUAACUUCGACUCACUUGUUAAAAACUAUGAAAAAAUAAAUGAUACUCAAUAUUCCGUUGAGACAGAAAUUGAAGAAAAAGAGAUAACUGCUGAAGAUCACUCAACUAAAUCUACAAUACUAACACCUAGUCAUUUGGGAUCAUUCAUUUUAUCUCACAGAAAAAAAAUAAUGAAUAAUUUCAUUCAUGUAAUAAAUGGAUUUUAUAAACCUGAAAUAUACUAUACCGAUACUGAUAGUUUAUACAUUUCAUCUAGAAAUUGGGAUAAAUUAAAUCGAGCUGGGUUGGUAUCUGAAAUUGAAUAUUGUAAAGGAAAGAAUGAUUACGGUGAUGGUGGAAUCAUAUUUGGUUUAUAUUUAGCGCCAAAAGUCAAAUAUAAUAUCAUUCUAAUUUCUGAUGGUGUUUUAAAAGAAAAGAAAACGUAUAAGGGUUUUUCUAAUAAUAAGACGAGUAUAGAAGAUUAUAUUUAG